UGUUUCAGGUAGUUUAUGUCUAGUAAUCCUUUCCUUGAACAAGUGAGGUCUUCAUUCCAACGUUCGAGAUCUUUGAACGCAGGGCCAUCUUUGCAACCAAACCGGGUGAUCUCUGAAAUUCAGAAUCGUCUAGAAAGAGAGUUAGCAACUGCAAAAGAGCAAGCCAUUGCCACAUUUGAAGGUCUUGCUAUCCACACUGACCUCCCAGGGUCUUCACCUUCAAAUUCGGAAUCAAGUUCAAACCAAGAAGAAGAAGAGAUGGCUGCCAAUGAGUUAAUGGGAGACCUUGAUAUCCCAACAAUUCCAGCAUCCCCUUCAAGCAUCUUGCUGCCCACCGCAGCUCGAAACUAUGAGCUUAAAUCUUCUCAUCUUAAUAUGCUCCCUUCUUUUUAUGGUUUACCUAAUGAAGAUCCAUUAACUCAUAUAAAGGAUAUUUUUAAUGUUGUGAGCUCUUUUCCCUUGACAGGUGUGACGGAAGAGCAACUUCGAAUGAGAGUGUUUCCUUACCCUUUGAAAGAUAAGGCGAAAUAUUGGUUGAAUUCUUUGAAGCCUGGUUCACUCAUGACUUGGGGAGCCAUUCAAAAGAAGUUCUUGGAGAAAUAUUUCUCCACGCAAAAAACCGACAUGCUUAGGGACAAGAUCUUUCUAUUUGCACAACAAGAUGAUGAGUCGUUUUGUGAAGCAUGGGAGAGAUUCAACGGGCUGCUCAAUCAAUGUCCUCAUCAUGGGAUUCCAUUGAAGCUUCAGAUGCGUAUGUUUUAUAAAGGACUAACCCCCUCUAGCCAUAAUAUUGUCACUAAUUUUGCAGGUGGUUCUUAUAAGACUAAAACUCCAGAAGAAACAUAUGAACUCUUUGAGGAGAUAGCAAUGGAGACCCAACACACCGAUACAAGAGGUAAACGUAUUGCUGGUGGUUCUAAUGAUUCUUCCAGUGUGCAGAUUUCCAAAUUGGAACAAAAGCUAGAUGCCCUCCUUGCAUUGAACUCAAGAAACCCUUUGAAGGAACUGUGUAGCAUCUGUGAAACUCAUGAUCAUCCUACCAUUUCUUGUCCCUUUGGGGCUGCAUAUCCAGAAUUUGUGCAAGAGCAAGCUAAGUUGGUGAAUUCCUACAACCGAGGUCCAAUAAAUGACCCAUAUUCUCAAAGUUAUAAUCCAGGUUGGAGGAAUCAUCCAAACUUUUCAUGGAGGAAUACACAGAAUCAAGCGAAUCCCCCUUCACUCCAAAGGCCACAACAAUCAUCAUCGUUGGAGGAUAUAGUGAAGCAAAUGGCAAUCAACCAAAAUAAUUUCCAGCAAACAACACAAGCUGCCAUCUCCAAGUUGGAAGUCCAAUUGGGCCAGAUAGCUACUGAAAUAGCUCAAAGAGAACCUGGGAAAUGGCCAAGUCAAACCGUGAUCAAUCCAAAAAACCAAGAAGCCAAGGCCGUUCAUGUGCUCAGAUCAGGAUGA